ACCGGAGCUUUUCGGGCGCGAGAGUGGGGGGGAACGGUCCCUCUGCGGGUAGACUUGGAUUGUUUUGCCACCCGCCCUGGGUCGUUCAGGACCCAGGCUCGCCACGUUGCCUCGAGCCCAGGAGUUUUGGCGGCGCUUUCCCGGCACUGCACUCGAGAAACCAGACUCAUCGGGGAGAGGGGGAGGGGGAAGAGGAAGGAGGGUGGGAGUCAACUAAGGUGAAGUUUCGAGAGAGAUUAAAGAGGCAGUCCUAGACGUGGGUCUUUGGUUGUGCUAAACUUCAAUUACUGAAGAAGGUGCUUGGUGCUACGGUAUCAGAGACAUGAAUUACGCACGGUUCCUUACCGCGACGAGCCAAGCAAGAAGGUCUUCUCCCAUCCGAGUCUUGACUGACUUGCUGGCCACGGCGCCUAAAUCAGUCAUCUCCUUGGCUGCUGGAUCACCAAAUCCGAACUUGUUUCCUUUUAAGACUGCUGUUAUCACCACAGAAAAUGGAAAGAUCAUCCAAUUUGAUGGCGAGAUAAUGAAGAAAGCACUUCAGUAUUCUCAAUCUUCUGGAAUCCCAGAGCUGUUGUCCUGGCUAAAACAGUUACAAAUAAAACUGCAUAAUCCUCCCACCCUCCAUUAUCCACCCAGCCAAGGACAAAUGGAUAUAUGUGUCACAACUGGCAGCCAAGAUGGUCUUUGUAAGGUAUUUGAAAUGAUCAUUAAUCGUGGAGAUAACAUCCUCUUAAAUGAACCUAUUUAUUCAGGAACACUUGCAGCUCUACAGCCACUCGGCUGUAACAUUAUUAAUGUUUCCAGCGAUGAACAUGGGAUUAUUCCAGAGUCCCUCAAAGAAAUACUUUCCCAAUGGAAACCAGAAGAUUCAAAGGACCCCAAGAAAAACACCCCUAAAUUUCUCUAUACCGUCCCAAAUGGCAACAACCCUACUGGAAACUCAUUAGCAAGUAGCCGCAAGAAGGAAAUCUAUGAGCUUGCAAGAAAAUAUGAUUUCCUCAUAAUAGAAGAUGAUCCCUACUAUUUUCUCCAGUUCAGCAAGCCCUGGGCACCAUCAUUUCUUUCCAUGGACAUUGAUGGACGCGUCAUCAGAGCUGACUCUUUCUCCAAAAUCCUGUCUGCUGGGUUGAGAAUAGGGUUUAUAACUGGUCCAAAACCCUUGAUAGAGAGAAUUGUUUUACACACACAAGUCUCAACAUUGCACACCAGCACUUUUACACAGCUGAUAGUGUCGCAGCUUCUUCACCAGUGGGGAGAGGAGGGCUUCCUGGCCCACAUAGACAGGGUUACUGAUUACUACAGGAGGCAGAAGGAUGCAUUAUUGGUAGCUGCAGAUAAGUGGCUAACUGGGUUGGCAGAGUGGCAUGCUCCUACUGCUGGAAUGUUUGUAUGGAUUAAAAUUAAGGGCAUUCAUGAUGCAAAAAAACUGAUUGAAGAAAAAGCCAUUAAGAAAGAGAUACUAAUGGUUCCUGGAAGUGCUUUCUACGUUGAUAAAUCAGCUCCUAGCCCUUACUUUAGAGCAUCCUUCUCGUUGGCUUCUCCAGAACAAAUGGAUAUCGCCUUCCAGAGAUUAGCCGAACUUAUAAGAGAAUCUUUAUGAAGACAUCAAACUCUUUGUAGUACUGAUGGGUUUCGUAGAUAAAUUGUUUCUGUGUUUUAACAGCAAGAAAUAAUCAUUGGUGUUAGUCUUACAGAAUGGAUUGCAUCAAACAUGUCAUAGCUCUAGUAAUUCAACUAGACAACUUUUAAGGCACCCUUAAAUCAACCAGAUUGCCAAAACAUAUUUAUAAUCCACUUAUACCUUUUGAUAAAUUUUCAACCUGCAAAAAGUUAUUUUAAUUGUGAAUUUUAUUGUAAAGAAUUUUGUAGUUGCUUUGUAAUUUCCCAUAAAUUUCCUUUGAAAUUAACAUUUAUAGUAAAUUAUUUUGAAAAUUUAAGAAAAUAAGUCCAAAAUGGUAUACAAUGUAAUUUUUUUCUUUUUAGUAAAGUUUAAUGAAAACUUAUUGCAAAAAUUGUUAGAAUUUGACCAUCAUAAAUGAUUUCAGUAAGAGUACCACAGAUGGUAUGUUAUGCUAUAAAAAUCCAUUUAAAAUAAAAUUCUGAAAUUAAACAUACCUAAAGGCAUCAGACCUAUUCAUUCUAAGUAAGAAGAAGAG